AUGGAGUUAGAGUCCAAGUACCAACAACAACAAGAGCAAGCCCAGGUGCAGCAAGUUCAAACUCAGGAACAACUCUUGCAAACCCAAAGAGAAUUGGCAAUGUUAAAGCAAAUGAUACAAUCCCAGCAAUCUACUCCACCUUUACGACAAUCUUCUCAGCCUUUGCAGCAACCAUCCUUCCAGAUGCCUUCUUAUCCUCCUCAAAUGUACUGGCCUCAACCGCAGAUCUAUCCUCAAAUGCCUUAUCAGCCUCAACAUGCUUAUCCUACCACUGGACUAACUGGAUUGCUUGUGGGAGAUACAAGUGUCCAAGAAACUGAUUUGUUGAACCAGCUUAGAGUUUCAUCGAAUCAAAGCUCUAGUGGAUCUGAGCAAUAG